AUGUUCGCACCCGAAGCCGCUCGAGGCAACGACAACACCCUAUGGUCAACAAUGGCCGGCACAAUCAGAGUUCUUAGUCGGACAUAUGCAAUGUCAGCAAAUCCCAUACAGCUUUAUGAACUCGAGAUCCGAGAUACCUGGUUCCUGUUCAUCCUUUCAGCAAAGGUUAUCGAUGCGCAUCAUCCUGCUCAAGACCGUCUGACACGCUUGAUUCUUUGGGCACGCGAGCUUGGUGUUCUUAAACGAACUUUGAAUUCCUCCCAGACCCCGCAACAACCAAUUGGUCAAGAUGAUGGAACUAAUGUUGGAUUUAUCGUCGGCUCUGAAGAUGACGUUGUUGUCCAACAUGCUGCAACGUCAGCAGGACGCAUCUGGCUUGACCUACCUUUCCUGAUCCUCGACCUUCAGGACGCUUGGAAGACGGUCAUGAAUCCUUCUGAACCUGCGAAUCAUCGCUGUAACCUUGCCUCCGCGAUAGCAAGACUUGCUGGGGUUGGUCUCCUCGACGAAGCUCUCGCCGGCUGUGGGUUGUCUGUUCUCAGUCUGGCACUCGAAACCCCUGAGAGCGAGUCCACUUCGAAGGGUCUUAUGUUGCAACUAUCACAAUUAUUGCCGAUGGUUCAAAUAUGGUUACACUACGCAGGAGAUAAGCUCCUUCAGUUGAGUCUUGCCAGUCAUCCAGUUGAUGACACUGCUUGGUAUACUGAAGGUUCAGCUCAUGGGCAACUAGCUUGCGAUGCUGAGAUUGAUACUGCGAGCUUGAAUAGGGAAAGAUUUCAAUUCUGGAAGACGAGAUUGUCGGAGUUGAGAAAGACGGAUCAUGAGGCUACGAGCAGGGUGGCUGAUUCUUGCUUUAAUAUCAUAGAGGGAGUCUGGAAAUCUGUUUUUGGGUUGAGUUAG